ACAAAGUUCGGUGGAAACAGUGUGUGUUGAUGGACUUGUGAAAUGUGGAGAUUCGUGAUUUUCGUUUGCCUGGUGUCCUACGCGGGGGGACAGAGUCGCGGGACGCGGCAGCACCACGGACCUGGGUGGGACAUCCGCCUGGCAGUGCCUGGUGAUCCUGGAAACGACUACCCAACACUGGGCAACAUUCCACGCACCUCAUUCUCCUGCUCUGGAAAAACGCCAGGAUACUACGCAGACCUUGAAACUAAUUGCCAAGCGUUCCGAGUAUGCACCUCAGGAUCGACGUACGGCUUUCAGUCCUUCCUCUGCCCCAACGGAACCCUUUUCAACCAGGCAGUCUUCGUCUGCGACUGGUGGAUGAACGUCAACUGCCAGAAGUCCCAGGACUUCAUCAACAACAAUGACAAGUUUGGCAAUCUCAAACUUGGACCGCAGCUCAUGAAGGAUAUCAAAAAGAUGAUCACUCAUCCCAUGAGAAACCCUUACGACAAAAGCGUCAUGAAAAGUAAUCUCAUCGUAAUGCAAGACUACAAGCCUCCCAUUGGACAAAUGUUUGGAGCUUUACUCUCCGGUCCUAAUCCUAAUAGCAUCUAUAUCCCAGCCAAACAAGUGCAGGCUUACAAUCAUAACACAUACGCCAAUGGCAAUGUUUUCGCCGCAUCUACACCAAGCCCUACAUACGUACCACCACCUGCAUCUUUCAAUUCCCUGACACCACCACGAGACGCAGAAGUCUUCCAACAACAAAGACAACGUCAAAACGGCCAGUAUCAACAAAGUGGCAGGCUUCAGAGCACCCAACCCGCACAAAUUCUCAACGGACACGCACAACAAUUUACACAAAAUCAAAACAGCUUCUCAUUUAACAACAAUGGUAACACCGCAUCAAGGCCAACUCAAAUUUACAACAGUCCUGCACAAUACAGACAACAACAUUUUGGGAACACUCAAACGUUCAACCAAGGAGGGCAACUUAGACAGAGCGGUCAAUACACAGACAGUAGAAAUCAAGCUCAACUAAAUGAAAAACAGUCAGGAUUUGGAAUAUCAUUUUCGAAACAACAAUACACAAACAAUGCACAGCUACCUCUAUCCAAUGAGAACACUGGACAAAUUAAUAACGAAGCCAAACAGAACUUGGCACUGGUGUUUAACUUCUUGGCAGACUCACUCAACGCGGCAAAGGAAUACAGCAACAUAGCGAAACAAAACAUCGUAUCACCCACACCCGCACAGUUCCAAAGCGUGAACAGCCAAGAGCUCAGCCGCAUCACAAAUCAAAUUUCACAACUUACAGCAUCACAGUAUUCCAAUAACCAACAGAAUAACAAUUACAAUCACGCCGAGAUUGUCCCAUCAGUGCAAACAUCAACAAACGGAGCUAAUCAAUACCAAGCCGCCAAGUACACAAGCGGCUUUACACAAAAUCAACAACAAAUUAAUUCCCUGCCUUCUCGGCUGACUAAUCAAGGUUAUAACUAUCAGAACACAAAUAACAGACUCACUGGUAAUUUUCAGUCAAAUCAAAAGCAAAUAUACAGCGGUCAGUUGUACAACCUUCCCGUUCCGGAUGUGACGAGUCAAAUUUACAAUGCUGGCUCAGCUAAUCUUAUUCAGAACAGUCAGCAACAUUUAGGCACGUCACAGAUAGUCAAUCAAAACGGUAAUGUAGGAAAUAACUUGUCGAAGCACUCGAGUACAGAAGUUGAAAUAGUCCAAUCGCAAACUUUACCACUCCCUGCGGCUAAACUGCAGCAAUUUACACCAUCUAACGAAGUCGAAUCGUUUAAUAGCCAGGAACAUUCCGCGCAGGCCCUUCUCGGCAACUUUCUUAACAACGGUAAUGGGAUAUCAGCUCAACUGCAGGAUAAAAUCGUCGGAACAAUCCCCCACCCAUUAGAAGACAAUAAACUUGUUACUUAUAAGAAAGAUCAGUCUUAUUACGUCUACACAAAGUUAAACAAUAACGGGAAUGGCCAGCAGAAUAAUGUGCAAAGUGGCCAGAGUGCGAAAUUAAUUCAAAAUGGCUCUCCCAAUGUAGUCUUUCAAUUUGUUCCUUCUGUAAGCUACCAACUGGACGACGAGAGAGAACAGCAGAAAAUUUUAAACGCAUUCCAGAUUGAUGAAUACGGUAGUCCGAAGAAUACUAAUCAGAUUCAGGACACACGCAGACAGGACUUGAUUUCUGAAGUGGAUUACUCGGUGGAACAUCCACAGUCUGGUAAACAGGUAGAUGGGCAAUUUAAUGAUCUGAAUACUCUUUACGCGGGUCCUUCUUCGUACUCCGCUCCUCAAGCAUCAGUCGGCAGUUUAGAAGCCACAGAACGAGACCAAAACCUGAACACAAGACUGGAACAACUAGAAGAAAGUAAUAACGGAUAUCGCAAAGAAGUGCCUGCUAGGCAAUUUAGUUUUUAAAUAUUUUAUAAUAAAUUAAAAACAGUUAUGUUGAGUGAUAUGAUAUCAUGUAGAUUGAUAUUGCGUUGUUAUCAAAAACCAUUU